CAGAAGUGACUUGAGCUACGUCCACGUGAAAUCAGUCAUAAAUUUAUGGUAGUUGUUUCCAUUGUCAAAAAGAGUUUUGUUGCGUGCAUCGUAGUUCGCGCGCGUGGCCGAUCGAGGAAGAACGAGACUUUUUUUAUGCCUUCCACGCCGGGCACUGUCACUUUAUCAUGAUCAAAUUAUUCUCGUUAAAACAGGCGAAUAAGGAUGGCGAGUCGCCGAAACCUGGCACCCAAAAGAAGGCAUCCGCAGCACAACUGAGAAUCACAAAAGACAUAAAUGAACUCAAUCUUCCAAAAACAUGUGGGACAGAGUUUCCUGAUCCAGACGACCUCCUCAGUUUUAAAUUAAUUAUUUGUCCAGACGAGGGAUAUUAUAGGGGUGGCAGAUUUGUCUUCAGUUUUAAAGUUGGGCCAAAUUAUCCACAUGAGCCACCAAAAGUAAAGUGUGAAACACAAGUUUACCACCCUAACAUUGAUUUGGAUGGCAAUGUGUGUCUGAAUAUCUUAAGAGAAGAUUGGAAACCAGUUCUCACAAUUAAUUCUAUUGUCUAUGGAUUGCAGUAUCUUUUUCUUGAACCAAAUCCAGAAGAUCCAUUGAAUAAAGAUGCUGCUGAGGUCCUUCAAAAUAAUAGGAGAGCGUUUGAGCAAAAUGUAGCAAAGGCAAUGAGAGGCGGCUAUGUUGGCUCGUUUUACUUCGAACGAUGUCUCAAGUGAUACAGCGCUCGUUUCCCUCGAGGGCACACUGAGGAAAGAGACCGAGAGUAGAACAUCCUGCUCUAAACGCGUUUCCCUUGUCUCUCACGUUUAUUCGUGGACGGGGCCUCUUUGCGUCUUCUUGAUCGAGUGCUUCGUUCCGUUGGUCAACAAACCAUCGGUAAAAAUGCCACCGAUGCGCUGUUCGCUCGGAGCUGUGGGAUACCUUUUUUCUUUUCUUUCCCGUUUUCUCUUUCACUCAGUACUCUGCAAAGAAUCGAUGUUGUAUUUACGUUUGCAAGUUUCUUACUUGAAUCUAUCCAUUGGUAAAUACAAUUUAAAGUGGCGGUUAUUGUCGAAUAACAGCUGUUAACAAGUUUCCUUAAAAGAGCAUCUGUGAUUACAAAUAUUAUUACAACUUUAUUAUAGACGUAUUUUUGGCUACGAUCGUCCUGAAUUCCCACGUGUGUGUAUCUGCGGAUUGCGAUAUCUAAAUUUAUAGUAAUUUAUACAAUGGAAUGAACACACCUGGACAUAAAUAAAAAGUUGUGAUCAAAAUUGUUGCAGCCUCUCUUGGGACAUCACUUCUAGUUAUGACCAACGAAGUUUGACUUUAUACUUUAUUGACAGUAUUUAUCAUUACGUUCGUUACCAAUCUUAUUGAAAAAGUGUGCGUGUAUGAGAUUUGCAAACACAUCUGCAAUUGCGAUCGUCACAGCUCUUUAAAAAAAAAAAAAAAAAAAAAAAAUGUAUCUCCGCCCUGAGGAUCACUUCGCAGGAUAUGAAUUAUUUUCCUAGAAUGGAUACAUAUCCUGCUAUGCUCUUCGUCGGAAACCACGUAAUUUAAUUUAUGUAUCGAUCGAAAGUGGAAUAUA